GCUAGAUUCUUAUCUGCACUACCGACAGACCCUCGUUGGCGACUCAAGGCUGACCUCCGCCGGCACAUUCAUCCGAAAGUACAGACACGCGUUUGCGAUUUCCGACUUGUGACACGUUCGUCCUCAGCUGAGCUUGAAUCGUGGGCCCAGUGAUUGGGUUUGGGGCGAUUGCGCCUAGAUAUGGAAACCUUAAAGAAUGCUGUUGGCUUGGGCGAUGCCAACACCACCACCGCGAACAAUGAAACCAAAGGCCAAGAGCCUGUGAGCGGCGUCACAGGUGCUGGUACAGCAGAUCAGCCUUACGACUCCGGCAAUGUGGAAGAUUCUCACCUUGCUGGCGAGAGUGCCAAUUCUACGACUGCCGAUGACAAGAACGUUGCAGCUCCCUUGAAGGCUCUCGCCCCUGGGGGAGGAAUUCUCUCUACUCUGGCCUCAGCAGUGGGCUUGCAGAGCUCGACGACCUCCAACAACGCCACAGUCACAGAGCAGCAGGGUCAAGAGCCAGUCUCUGGUAUGACUGGCGAAGGAACUGCUGAUCAGCCGUACGAUGCCGGGAAUUCAGAAGAUUCGACACUAGGUGGCAAGGCUGCUCAGCAUACUGGUGCAGCGCCGGGUGUUUCUGGUGUCGAGCAGUCAAGCGCCGCGGCGAGAGAGCAGGAUCCAGCCACAACGAAUGAGGGCUUGCAAUUCGUUGGCAUUUCUAGCGCAGCAGACACACAGUCUUCACAUGGCGCUGGCACCCAGCAGCAUUCGUCCAUAAAAGAAGCCGUUGCUGAAGGUGCCCUGGGUGGUAAGGAAGAUCCAGCACAGUCUAACAAGGGCCUGGCAUUCGUCACUGCGGAGGUCGAUAAGCAGCCAACUGGCGCACUGGAACCGAAGACGAGCAACCAUGGGCCAGUGGAGGGCACCGCGGGAGCCUACACCAAGAAGGAAGAAAGCAGCAAUUCUGUGGAACCACGGCCAGAACCGGUGAAGCAGUCCGAGCCGGUGGGAGAGAGCGGAGACAAAGCUGCGAAGAGUGGGUCUACACGCAUCUCCUCACUCUUCAGCAACCCAUUCGCCAAACGAGAGAGCGUCUCUGGCGCGUCAGGCGAGACAGAUCUUGACCCGAAAGCGAAAGCUCCAGCUGGAUCAGAUCCACUGCCUGCUCUGGGAGAGCAUUCCGUUCCUGUGAAGGUCGCCAAGGAGAAGCGACCUUUACCCACACAGUCCUCACCUGUGCAGCAAGCAGCUCCUGUGGCCAACGACACAAAGCCUGCUGUUGUUGAACCAAAACUGGACAGUGCGGUUCGGCCGCCAAAUCACCUUGGUGCUGACGUGCCACCUGGCGCUGCGUCGCCCAAGCGCGACAAGGGCAAAGGAAAGGUGUAUGGCGACUCUGAUACCAACAGCACUCGGUCGAGCUUGACAAGGACCACCUCAGUCGGAACGACCCAGACAUCGCCGUCCACUCUUGACAGUCGCCGCUUCUCAACCAAAACCGCUGGCAGGAUACCGACUGCUGGAGGUAUCGUGCUCGGUGAGAAAGCGUCGAUAGAGCGAGAGAGGCGCGCAAGCCUGGCGCCCAGUAGAAAUUCCGUGGCGAUUUCUGAGCAUGCUACAGCACCACGAGACUCCCUGCAGAAAGUCAAUGAGGACAGUGAGAUGCCCGCUCCUCUCACAGCAUUACCACCAGUCACACAAGCGCGAAAUCCCGAUCCACCUGCUCACUCCAAUACCGACUCGCCAGCAGCGCUCAAAAAUCCUGAGACCAAGGCCUCGCCAAACACCACGUCAGGCCGCAUCCCGGGUACAGAAAGAGGCUCGCUCGGGUCAAGGCCGCCGGCGACUGGUGAUGGAUCUCGGUUUGCGGAACAAGGCUUGGGUGACCCAGUACUAGAGACAUCUACUCCGCAGACAACGAGUGAGCGGAAGCCGAGUCUGGUGUCCCGUAUUGGCCGCAAGUUGAAGAGCCCGUCCUCCAAAACUUCGAAAGCAUCUGCAUAAACGGUCAUGGUGAAGAAGUCUGAUUUUUGAGCGUGAUGGAUAUACGUGCGUCGUUUAAAGCAAUGAUUAUACCCUUUUUGUACAAGCAACGAUAUUGAAUGACUGAUAUGAGUGGAUAGGCCAGAGAACGAGAUUUUCAGACAAUAGCAUGAUACGAGCAAA